UAGAAAACCCACGGACACAACGAGCAUGAUGAAAGCGCUCCGGCAACGGCAUGCAAGAACUUUUAUUCUUGUUUUAAAAAAAUUCUGACGGAUGUGUAGCGGAGAAGUGCAUUUAUCCUCGCCGAGUAAAUGAAAAGGACAAGGGAGGCUUUGUCCAUCAUGUUAAAGACGCCCAUUGUCCUUGUUCUUCUAGUGAUAACACGAGGACAAGAUCAAAUUAACAUACCUGAUUGCCAGCAUCCUUCUGCAGACCCCUCUGACACUAAAGAAUAUGUUUCAGAAGUAUUUUUAAAUGCUUGGUGCUAUAAGAAGACAACAGAUAUCAAUGAUAAGUUCCUGUGUGGCUGGGAACCGAACUUGGAACACCCUGGAGUCAUGUACACAACACACUACUGUAUAGAAAAUUAUGAGUGCUACAAAUCAAACCCCAUGAACUCCACAUCCUGUCACAUUUACAGGAAGGACUUGCUUAAAGGCCAUCUAGUCACAUUCUGGGUGAAGGCCUCAAAUGGGAAAAAGAAUUUUACAUCUACUAGCUACACAUUCACCUUGGAAAACAGCACUAAGUUCAUUCCUCCUACAAACAUAAAUGUGUCCAGAUCAGCCAGCAAUUUAAUGUUAACCUGGGAAAGCCCGUCCAAGGAGGCUCAUGGCUCACUGAAUGAGAUUCAGUACAGAAGAUGUGAAGUUCAACAGAAGCAUCUGCCAACAAUAAAUUCUUGUGUGAUGACUAAAUCAGAAAUGAAUUCAGAAGAGGCCUGGGAAAUUAAGAAUAAUGUUUUGGAGAAAGAUGUGAAAUGUAAAUCAGGAGGUGGCACAAAGAAUGACAGCUGUUCUGUGGUUCUUGACCCUAAGGAGGCCUACCGGAUUAGAGUAAGGCGUAGACCCCAAAAUGAAAGCAAGGGAGUGUGGAGUGAAUGGAGCCAGACAGUUUUUGUUCCAACAGAGCUGCAGUCUGAGCCAGAGGCUGGCAUCGAGAGCCUGAGUGAUCUGACUAAGGAUGGCAAACGGCUUCUUAAGCUCACAUUCAAGGCCAGUGAGAACCUUUCAGCUUCUCUGGGAGACCUGAGCUACAUUGUUAAGAUCUAUAUAAAGAACUGCCAACAAUAUCAUUUGCAGAAGGAAACAAGACACACAUGGUAUGCCUUUAACAUUUCAGCAGCAGAACAUGAAGUGUCCAUCAUAGCUACUAACAAAGUUGGGCAAUCCCCAGUAAAAACUCUACAAAUCCCACAGGCAAACAUAAAAGCCAUCAAAAUUGUUCGCUCCAGUGCUUUCCAACUUCAGAGUUCCUGCAAAAAAUAUUGUGUUGAAUGGCGAGAUGUAGCUGGAGAUGUCUGGAACUCAUCACACUUGAAAAUAAAGAAUGGUGAAUUCCACAUACAAAUGCUAGAAGGAAAACUGAACAAUUUUACCCGCUACCACAUCAUCUUUCAUUGUCUGAACAGGAAUAAGGAUUAUUUGACUGCAGUGGCACUUGAGACAUAUCUUAAAGAAAACAAGCCUCUUCACAGUCCAAGAGAAAUCAGAAUGUCAGAAGUCAGAAAGACGUCGGCCAUGGUCAAGUGGAGCCCAUUACCUUUACAAGACUGCCGAGGCUUUUUGGAAGCAUAUGUCAUUUACCUCGUUGACUCACAGAAUGUCACCACAGUUACUAAUGUGAACAGCAGUUUGUCUGAAUGGAAACUGGAAAACCUGAAGCCGAACACCAUUUACUUGCUGGACGUUGCAGCUCGGACCUCUGAAGGAGAAGGACCCAAGCACUCCACAGAGUUCAAAACAUUGCAGUUUGAUCCAGGAGAGCUGGCUGGGAUUAUAGCAGCAAUCAGUUUAUCGACACUCCUGGUUGCAGGCCUUUGUUGUGCAGCCAUUAAGAAGCUUAUAGCAUUCUGCCAUUCAGAGGUCCCCAGUCCUGAAAAUACCACAGCCAUUACUUUCUCUGUGAGCAGAAAGUCACAGGUGCUUCCCCCACAGCAGGCUGUAUCUGCAUCAGAAGAAGCCACAUCUGAUAUUAUGGUCAUACCGGAGGCAGAAGCAAUGUCCCUGCUGUCAGAGGAUGCUAUCCAGACUCUGACUAAAGACAAUGAAAGUGAGGAUCUGCUUUCAGACCAAGGAAGCCUGUCUGAAUCCGUACUAGUUGUGAGCCAGCAAUAUGCCGUGCAGUCAGUGAACCAAGAGAAUUGGGAGCAAAUUGAAGAUGCUGAGUUUGACGAAGAGCCAGUUAGUGAAGAACCAAGUGAUGGAGCAGCUACAACCAUCUACAAAAAGGGCCUGGUGCUUGAAUUGUGUCAUGUGAAAAAUUAAUGGAAGGUCUUCUUGGCUUGGAUAGACAGGCUGACAACAAAUCAGGUGGAUGUUUCCACUUGUCAAAAGGCUGUCACUGUACCACAAACACAGGAUGAUGAGGAUCAAAUAGUGUGGAAACUAGUAAUGCCAAAGGGACAUUAAAGCAUUAAAGACCCCCUACCUGAACUAAUGGCUGUCCAGUAAAAGUUUUAAUGGGACAGAAAAGGAAACAUCUCACAAAGGUUGACUAUAUGUGAUGAUGUGAGUAGAAGAGGGGGGCAUAACAACAAUACAGGCACUGUACAGCACUGAAGAACAGAGAUGUUUGGAAAUGUCUUUUUGGAUUUUAACUGAUUAUCUGAAAAGCAUAAUAAAACAGAUGAAGGUAUUAAUCUAUCAAAUAAAGUUAAGUUUACAGUGCCAUUUAAUGUAUGCAUCAACACACUGUGCUCAAAAGGGCCAACAAGAGUAUACUGCAGAAUAAAGUGCCCUCCCAACCUCCUAGUCCUACACCCCUGUGAGCACUAAACACACCUUCAGCGUCUUUGUGUUGUUUCACUAGCAGAAUAUAAAUUGUUAUUUACUGGUAAAAGCAUUCAGGAAGAGUGUGAUGUGCUCAUGAGGAGGAUUACAUGUUCACUAUUGGCUAAGUUGUUACGUUUCAGUAUCAGAAUCCUUUGUGUUAGGUAGAGUGAUUAGCCUUUGCACACCAGGAUGGACGGUUCAGCACACCUUACAUGGCCAACAGAGUGAGCCCGCAGUCCCACUGCCCAGUCUGUAGCCCCUCACUGAAAUCCUUUCACUGGGUCCUUGCCAAAUCUAAAAAACAUCAGUCAGAAUUCCCAUUUGAAAGUCAGAACACCUGAAUGCCAAACUCGGUGGUUACCAUACUGUACUGUAUGUGGAGUAGUUAUUAAAAUAAGAAGAGAAAGCUUGUUAUUGUUAUAGGCAAUGUAUGUGUCUCUUGGAGUGCCUAUAAAAAGUUUUCACCCCUUUGGAAAUUUUCUCAUUUUAUUGUUCU